CUAUCGUUCGGAUCAUGAUAAUCAUUUCAGACACGAUCGCGAGCACACCUCAUUGACACCGCUAGGAUUAAAAGUCUUUACCGUUUAUGGAUAACUCGCGUAUUUUAGUGCAAAACGCAAAGACAUCUGUUGUGCGGGAAUAACGAGUAUAUUUAGAUAUAGCGUAAAAAUUAGUAAAUUAAAUUAAUAUGAUCGAACUUAGAUCGAGAUACUAAAAUCACAGUGACACUAAAGUAUGUUAUAGUCGAUUCUAAAAAUAUAUUAAUCGUAAUAAAAACAAAAAGAAUUCUAUUGAUCACCUUUAAGUUUCUUAGAAAAUCGCGAUAUGUGUCGAACACAGUUACUAUAAAUAUCAUCUGGAACAAUUCUCAAGCUAUUCUUUGUUAUCGGCAGAUCUCGAUGGAUCUGUUUUUGUUAAAUAACAGAACAGGAAGUGGCUUCAGUUGAAUUGUGAAUACGCAGAGGUGCACGUGUGUCACAACUGUUGCUUUGCGUAACAGGUUGUCGCGAUACAUACGGCGAAAUGCCUUGGGAAUAUGUCAAUAGAAUGCCUAUGGAUACUGAUGUGCUUGAAAGAUUAAUUUUAUAUUCGGAUAAGGAAACGAUGGAGAGAAAGAAAUCCUCGGUUGAGACUGUCAAGGAUACAAAAUACGGAACCGUCAAAUACGAAGAUGAACUCAUACCAUCCUGGAAGUUUUGGAAAAAAAGACGAUACGUAGUUGGAGUAUUAGCAUUUUUUGGAUUUUUUACGUCCUACAUUCUUCGUGUAAAUUUAAGCGUAGCCAUUGUCGCAAUGACCGCGAAGGUUCACAAAAUCGAUAAAAAUGGAACCGAAUAUUUUGAACAAGAAUUCGACUGGGAUUCGAAAACACAAGGGCUGGUUUUAAGUUCCUUUUUCUACGGAUACAUAAGUACUCAAUUACUGGGAGGAUGGCUUGGCGCACGUAUUGGCGGAAAAAGAGUUUUUGGUAUUGGAAUCGCCACUACAGCUUUUCUUACAAUUAUCACACCACCCCUAGCCAGAAUGAGCGUUUACAUUUUGGUUGCUUUGCGAAUAGUGGAAGGAAUUUGCGAGGGUGUAACAUAUCCUUGCAUACAUGCAAUAUGGGCACAGUGGGCACCUCCCUUGGAAAGAUCAAAAUUAGCGACUCUUGCAUUCUCCGGAAGUUUCUUUGGAACUGUAUUUGCUAUGCCGGUUGCCGGUUUAAUGGCUGAACACCUUGGCUGGGCUUCUGUUUUUUACGUUUUUGGAGCAGCAGGUCUUGUUUGGUUUUUUUACUGGUGGAUAAUCGUGAAGGAUAAACCGGAGGACGAUACAUCUAUUUCUGAAGCUGAACUUGAAUAUAUUAAAAGUAGCCUUGGAAAUGCGAAUAAAGAAGAGAAAAUUACACAUCCAUGGAAAGCUAUGCUCACAUCUCCACCAGUUUGGGCAAUCGUUGCAGCUCAUUUUAGCGAAAAUUGGGGUUUUUACACCAUGCUUACUCAGUUACCGACAUUUAUGAAUGAUGUACUGGAUUUCAAAUUGGAUAAAACUGGAUAUUUAUCUGCACUACCGUAUCUAGCUAUGACUCUCGUUGUUCAAUUUUCUGGACACUUAGCAGAUUAUCUCAGAACAGAGAAAAUCCUAUCGACUACGCAGGUGCGUAAGUUAUUUAAUUGCGGAGCUUUUGUAUUUCAAACGAUAUUCAUGACUUGUACAGGUUUUAUCUUAACGCCAACGGGGGUGGUUAUUUGUAUCACUAUAGCAGUUGGCCUUGGUGGCUUUGCUUGGUCCGGCUUUGGAGUAAAUCAUUUGGAUAUUGCUCCUAAGCAUGCCAGUGUGCUUAUGGGAAUAGGAAAUACUGUUGCUACCUUACCUGGAGUUGUGAGCCCUAUUAUUACUGGAUAUAUUGUCCAAAAUAAAAGUGCUGCAGAAUGGAGGAUAGUUUUUAUUAUUGCUGGUGCAGUUUAUUUGAUAGGAGCUGUGAUAUAUGGUUUAUACGCAUCUGGUGAAAAACAAAGUUGGGCAGAAAGAAGUGAUGAAGAAUCAAAGAGAUCUUAUGAUAAUCCAGCAAUGGAAAUAGAUAAUUUGUAGUAUGAAACAAAUUAAAUUUACUAACAGUUACAUCAGUAUUUAUAAUAUAUGUAUAUAAUAUACAUGAAUGUCUGGCUCGAAGCUAAAGUAGUUGUGAUUAUUUUUAUUGAGGUAGUUGUGAUUAUUUUAUUAUACAUUAAUAUAAUACACAUGAAUAACUUUUUUUCUA